AUGUCGAAGCUUUCUGCGUCUACGCCUUUAAUCACAUCAGGUUUUUUUUUUAAAUUCUUCAAGAUUUAUCUUUUUUUGGGACCCAUUUUGAGCAAAUGGUUCUUUUUGGAAGGUUUAUAGUUGGGUCUUUGAAUAAGAAGGCUCUUUGAAAAAUUUUUUUAGAAGCCUUAUUCGCCCAAUGAGCUUUUUUAGAUACUAUAUUCUCCUUUUUCUUAAAAAAGACCAGUAAAUGAACUAUAAUUUUGGCGCCACAACGUUAUCAGGAGUAUAAAAAUCGCAACUCCGUGGCUAUCAAAAUAGUUGAUUCACCGCUGUGAUGAAAUAAAGGCCGAGAGAGCAUGAUAAAUGAAGAGACUGCAGAGAACAAGAGUAAUCUGAGUCUGCCCAGCUUUCAUGAUCUCUCAUUUCUGAAACGCCUUUAAAAUAUCUUUGAGUUGAUUUUAAAAAAAUAACAGUUAAUUCACCGCUAUAAUGAAACGAAGGCCGAGAGAACAUGAGGAUGAAGAGACUGCAGAGGAAAAGAGCAAUCUGCGUCUCUCAAACUUUCAUGGUCUCUUGCUUCUUCCAAAAGAGUAGCAACUUGAUUCUGAAAAACAAAAGUAAUUUAGCGAUAGAUUAGGCCACAACGUCGAGAAAGGGCAUAAACUGAAGAGGCAGCAGAGAAGAAAAUAAAGCUGCGUCUAUUCAUCUUUGAUUAUCUUUCGUUUCUGAAACGCUUUCCAAAAUGUAAAGCCGAUUUUUGAAAUGAAAAAAAGUUCAUACAACGUUAAGUUUGAUCGAAAUACCAAGAGAUCGUAGGAACUGAAGAGGCAUCAGAGAAAAAGAGAAAAAUUUGGGUCUCUCGAUCCUUCUCGUCUUUUUCUGAAGAGUUUAUUCGAAAAAAAAAUCCAUGAUUUACAAUAAAUGUAUUCUGGUCGCAGUUAGAACGCCUUGAGGCGUUGCGCUUAGAGUUUCCCAAACCGGUUUUGGUCGGGCGCAAGUUCAUAUAAACUGCUCUAUAGCCGUCACGCGUUAGGCCAUUUUUUGUGUGCUCCUUUGUCAACCGAAAACUUUGAGUAUUUCUAGAAUCGCCCCAAGAAGAAGCUACCCAUGAGAUUUACAACGUUAUCGACAGAUAUGAGAAGAAGGUUAACGUCUUGAAAUUUCAAAAUAUACUCUGAUUUUUCAGCUUUUAACCUUCUCAAAGCUUCGUAUCCGGGUCCAGAAUCAGUUUCCAGUGGGGGGAAAUAUGAACUGGAAAUAUUUUGGAAGUAUUGAAAUUUUUAAAGAGAUGCAGAAAAUGACGGCGUCGAUUCUGAGGAUGGAACUGGGUAAUUUUGACUUUUUUUCAUUCGGACUCCUAUAGUGACCACUUGAAAGAUUUCUCCAAUUUUUUUCACUUUGGAGCUUCAUCCUAGGACUGCUAAAGUGACCACUCAAACUAUCACGUGAUGUUUGGCAACUUUAGAGCUUGAUUCAGACUCCUACAAUGAUCACUCAAGGGGUUACUUGAAGUCUUCGGAGCUUCAUUUGGGCUACUAUAGUGACCACUCAAAUGUUGUUCCCUUUAACAUCUUUUUUAGUGUCAAUAAGAGCUCGAACUUUCGGAAGCUUUUCGGUUCCGCUUUCUUCUGAAUAAAAAAUAAUUGUAGGGACCACUUAAGAAGAAAAUAUUUGAAAAUUGCCGCGAGAAAUUGCUUUUGCGCUCUGCAGAUCAUUAUGAAUACCCCUUAUAAAAGAUUUAAUACUAUUUCCUGAUUUGAAACUCAAUUUUCAGCUCAUUACUACUUUUCCGACAGAAGCGCUUUCGACUUGAUGAUGGCCGCUUUUUACGGCUUGAAACAGCCGCUGGAUGAGAAAGGGGAGCCUAGGUACUUUUUCCAAAGUUUUUGUUCAAUAUUUAUUGAUUUUAUCGAUUUUCUCCAAUCAAAAAAAAACUCCACAAUUUCCAGCACCAAAGAUAUCUUGAUCGACUGUAAAUUCCCCCUUCACGCCGUCCUGAUAGCCUGCCAGACGGCAUUUCAAAUGUCGCAAGCUUUCGAAAAAGCUCGGAACUUUGCGAUGAAGGACCGCUUUUUAGAGUUAUCAAAGUGAGUCCUAAAAAUAAAAUAAAAAAUUAAAGAUUAAUUGUGAUUUUUUCAUGAAUAUUGGAGUAAAUCUAGUGCAUUUUUUUUUAAACCUAAAAAUUUGAAACUUAUUUGCCGCAAGAAGAAUGGCUUGGAGCGUCGCGGUCGCGGAAAGAUGCGCCCGACUCUAAAACGACUUGGAAGUUUUAGCCAAAACUGAACCAGAAAAAACCGCAGCGCGGCCGCGACGCGUUGAGUCAUCCUGCAUGCGAUCAGAGGAUGGCAAACACUCGCGAGUAGAUUGUAAAAAAGUGAUGAUUCCAAUCUUGAAGUUGACAAGAACAACUUUAAACUUGAGUAGAUCGAAUUUCUGGCUUGGAACUGUCUGAAACCCUCCCUAAGACCCUAUAGUGACUACUUCGAUUUUAUUUAAUCUUUUAUCAAAUUUUAUAUGGUUCGACGAGCGUGCCUUUGAAAUUUUGGAUGCGAUCUACGAAGUCGACCCUGAAGACGCUUCUAUGGCCUUGGAAAUCGAUUACCGAGUUGUUCAGAGAAUUUUUUCCUAUUUUAUGCCUUGUUUUUCAGCAUUAUCUUUAUUUGGAGGCAAAAAAAAAUGUGUCACUAGACGAAACUGAGAAGUUAUUGGAGAAAAAUAUGAAGCGUAAAUGCGGUAAGAGAUUGAGAGAAGUGCGACCGACCUUGAAACGGCUUGCGCAAUGCUUGAAAAAAAAAUUACCUGAAGACCGCGACGCUUUGAGCCAUUCCGAGUGCGAAGAACAAUGCUUCAAAAACGCUGGCCGUAUAUAAAUUGGCGCGAAGCGUUGUUGUCGCGCCCACCCUUGAAAAUUUCAACUUCGCGUAAGUCGUUUCGUGGUCGGGCGAAGCUCCGAACCGUUCCGAUCUUACUAUUUUUCAAGGUUGGCAAAACUACGUUUGGAGACGUGACGCCCAGCCAAUGGAGCUGUUUGCGAUCGCUCAUUUGGCGGAAGCUACGGUUUUGAGCUCUGAAGAUCACUUGAUUUUUUGAUUUUUUUUUUGUAGAAAUUCCUAUCGCAUCCGGCAUGCUUCGUUUUGAUGAAAAAACGGUGGAUGGGCAAUCCAGAGGGUCGAUAUGUGAAUUCAUUAUGUUUUGAAAGAAGUUUAUUUGAAAAAUUUGAAGGCUAUGAGAAGGAAGACGGCUCUGAACUUUUUGAAUCUGAGAAGAGAUCACUUGGAAGAGAAUGGGAGUUUUUGGAUGUGUCAAGGAUUUUUAUGGAAAUCGGAAAAUACGAACGGGAAAAUAUACUAUUCAGAAGUUUUUGAAAAUAAAAAUAAUAAAAUGAAAAUGCGCUCCAUGAAUUAUUUAUCUGAUUGGCUGGACACGCCACCUUUUUCUAUGACUUCUUUCAGCUAACACUAAGAAACCAAAAAAACUAGAAAGUUCACAUUUUUCAAACUUUCGAAGUAGGUUCCAGGCUUUUCAUUUACUAGCUUAAUUGAAAACUCAUGAUCGCAUUUGGAAUGGCUCAACGUGUAGCGGCUGCAAAGCGGUUGCGCCCGACUCAAAGCGACUUGAAUCAGCAUAGAAAAGCAUUAUGUUUUGAAUGACGUCUUUGAGCCAUUCCAAAUGCGACUAGAGAGUUUGAAUUUGCAUGGAAUGUGCACAAUUUUUUACAGGCCUUAAAAAAGUUUUCGAAAUUCAUAAAGUCGAUUUUCUUCUACUAUUUCCGCACGACCAACUCGAAGCACGUCUGGCACAUGGUUUCAAUUUUUUUUUUCAAAGUCAACCAUUAUUUCUCAGAUUUUCGCCUUUUUAUACAUCGUUGCGCAUGCUCUGAUUUUGCUGCCAAAUGUAUUGAAUUACGAAAAUUUGAAAGAUUGGAAUUGGGCUAAGUUCUCGCUUGGAAUCCUAGUUUAUGCCUUUGCCGUUCAACUUUGUCAGAUUCUUUACGUCAUCACUUUUUUCUUGGAUAGGGUGAGUGAAAAAAAAACAGCAUUUGAAAUGGCUCAAAGCGUCGCGGUCGCGUUGAGGUUGGACGAAGAGCUUUUUAUCUAAAAGUCCCCUUUGAUGCUUUCUAAUGACGUCACGCGAAUGUCGUCCGAAGUCAUGCGAAAUCGCUUUGCAACCGCUGCGCGUUGAGUCAUUUCAAGUGCGACCAUCUUUGUUUUGUAGUUACAAAAUACUUUUUUGCAGUUGAACUUUGGUCAAGUAUAUUCUUCGAAAGAAUUUCCUGGGGAAAAAAAUUAUGGGAACGUAUGUUUUUUUUUUUCCAUUUCAAAAUAACUGAGUCGCUGAGAAUCGCACAAAGUAAAACAAGCUUCAAAUUUUUAUCCAAACUGAAUAUCAAUAGAGCGUGUAUUUGCCGAAGUGAGAAGCUAUUUUCUAGUUGGAAGUCUCGAAAUGAGACUUCGAGUGAAGAUUUUACAUGAAUUAAUGAAACAAAUAAUAUAGUCUGUUCAGAUAUUGAAUGUCAAGUCAUUGCUCAAACUCCGUCCUUUAUGCGUAGAUCAAACCAUUCAGAUAUCGAGCCAUUCACAGAGCAUUUUUGGGGGCGGAGUUUGUUGCUUGACAUUCAAAAACGAACAGACUAUAAUAGUUGGUUAGAAAAGCAUUUUCAGACAAGUUUGUUUCUUUGAUUUUUCAGGCUACGAAAGAAUACACUAAGAACAACAAUUUUUUCCGUCUUUUUCUAAACGCACUAUCGAUCGCUUCACUCAUGUACCUGCCUACUUCUCUUUCAUCUGGAAUCGAAAGCGAGGAAGAAUAUGCUCACAAGGAAACAAGUAGAAUCAGGAUUCUUUCUGAGGAGAAGGCUUCUUCAAGCUUUCAGAAGCCGCGAUGAGAUUGUAUUUUUUCGCGACGGUUUUUUGCGAAUGUAUCCUUCAGCUCUCAUUUGUGGUGGAAACGCUCUCUUUUUUGAGUUAUUUCGACGUUUUUCGAUUUUUCGGCUUCUUCACAGUCAUCAUGCAGAGAAUGGUUGGAAAAAACAGUUUUUUUUUUCAAACUUGAAAAUUUUUUCUCAGUUUGUCAUUUUCGGCAAGUUUUUCCUUCUUUUCGUCAGUCUUUGGUCGAUUCUGGGGGUUCUCUACGUUAGCAAUACGAGUGAAUUUUUGAAAAAAAAGUUAUGAGAAAAUGAAGAAAAUCUUUAGGUUUCGCCAAGACCAACGACACUUUGAUGUUUCGAUUUUUCCAAGCUGGAGCCUUUGAAAUUUUCGGUGAAGCCAAGGAGGGCGAUAUUUCUGGUCGGAGUUGUUUAUUUAUUUAUUUAUUUCACUCAAACAAGAAAGUACGGAGUACUUGAAAGGAAGAAUUUGAGUGAUGGGGAGCCCGAUAUAAAAACGCCCUAGCGAGCGAUUUACCGGGAUGGGAGACACGUAUUGAAUAUUGAGAACAAACAUUUCAGAUUUUAAGAGAAGACUGUUGGGCUCACUUUUUAUUUAUGGGAUAAGCCACUGAAGCAACGUUUUGAAGCCUGAUAAAGUUUCUAAAUAUAAUAAGCAUAAUGGAAAUUGGACCAGAGGCACUGGGAAUUUAUUGAAGCAUUUUUAAUAGCGCAUUUCAACAAAAUUGGGCGUUUUCUAUAAUUUUGAGAUGUCCUUUCUCGAAAACGAGGUUGAGGUUUUUAGGAACCUUAUUGGGUACCUUAAAGAAUGUCCUGGCUAGUUUUUUCAUUCACAGGCGCAAUGUAGAAUGACCAUCCUUCUGACGUCCAAAGUUGAUUUUCUUCCUUUUUUACGAGAUUUUUGUGAGUCGACCCCUUCUCCCAGACCUAUUGAGUUUUCCCUUGUACAGUUGAUUUAACGGAUUAAGGAAGCACUUCCGGCUGCGAUCCGGUAUAUCUCCGUGACAUGAGCACGAUGCGGCUCGAGCAAAUCCGUUGCUUCAUUCGGAGCACGUUGAUCCCAGUCAUAAUGUUCAGCUACAUGUUCGUGGCGAGCAUCUUCCUCAUGAACCUCUUCACCGCUCAGUUGACGUAAAAUGAUUGUUCCGUGAGCAAGACAAUCAAAAUGAUUAUUUUCAAGGAAAGAAUACGAGGAAGCCUGCGAGGAGACCUGCUUCAACUACAAGUACUACGGGCAGUUGGCCAAGUGAUGAUUUCAUUUUUUAGAUCUGCGAAAAUUCCUCCUAACAUUUUUUUCUUGAACUUAAUUAGAGUACUCUGAUUAAAACAUAAAGGACCUGUUGCCCAUUUUCAUGCAGCAUUUACCACUAGAUUGAAUUUUGAAAAAUUUCGCGUCGAGAUACAUUUCGGUUCGGUGCAUGUGUGCCUUAAACUUCGAACAAAAAAACCUUCUCUGAUACUCAUUUUUACAUUAUUUCAUUCAUCAAUUUUUUUUUCACACGCAGAAUGUUCAAAAACGACGCAUAGUCUUUUCCUUGCUGCAGCGCGAAAGCCGUUUUUGGUCGGACGCAAUUGACGUUCAUGAAUCAAUGUUAAACGCUUCAAGUUGAGGGUAGAUGGAUUCUAAGCUAAAAGCUAUCAUGAAUUUAUCUAUGUCUCUUUUUAAAAAUCAGCAUCAAAUGUAAAAUUAUUGUUUUUGAACUUUUCAGGGAACUGAUUUCUGUCUGAGUACCCUCACGAUAGUUUUUUGAAUUAAUUGGAUUUUUUUUUAGAUAUGAAAGUAAACUGCGACUACCGCCACCGUUUUCUUUGUUCUAUUAUUUUGCCCGAUUCACUGGACAACUCUAUUUGGUCCGCUUUUUUGAAGGUUUCGAUUUUUUGUCACGAAAAAAGUAAGCGAAAGACAAGAGAGGCCUGAAGAGGCGCCAGACAACUUGAGAAGUCUCUCUUUCUCUGGUGUCUCUUCAGUCUCCGCAUCUCUCGUUUUUGAAUCUGAAACCGCGAGUGUGAGCGAUAGAUAAGCAGCGGCUUCAAGAGAUGCUAGAGAAGUGAAGAAGUUCUUUUCUCUGGCCUCUCUCUAGUUUCCAUGAUCCAUAGUUUUUGUUCAUUAUGAUUGAGUUCAAGCGAUAGAGCAGCAAAGGCAUGAAGAGACGAGAGAGAAGUGAAGGAAAUAUUCUUCUCUGGCGUCUCUUCUGGUGUCUAUGAUCCAUCGCUUUUGUUUUUCUAACUUCAACUUUAAAAAAUUAGCAAAUUAAGGUCAUCCGUGGGGCAGCCUCAAUCAAGUGCUCAAAAAUCACGAUAAAGAGGAUGAGAGGAUACUCAAAAGAAUCAGAAAAUUGGUCUCGAUGAGGACCGAUAUUGUGAAAGACUCUCCAGUUGGCGGUGAUUGAAGUUUAAAAAAAAAUAAGAAAAAGGAAAUUUUGCAGCUGGAAAGUCUUCCUGCGGACGGCGACCUCAACUCUGUAAACCGGAUCAAAAUGGUUUUUUUGGGCUUCAUUUAUAAAAAUUUAUGAAUCUUUUAUGUUUUUCGGGAGCCUAGUGUAAAUUAAGAGGCGCCAGACGUUAGGAGAAACCUUUCUUUCUCUGGUUUCUCCUCAGUCCCUGUGCAUCUCCAGCUUCGGAAAGGCGAUAGCUCAGCUGCGGCUUGAAGAGACGCCAGAGAAUAACAGAAAUUGUUUUCUGCAGUAUAGUAGUGAUAAGUGAAACAAAGAAAUACCAAUGAGAAAAAGAAAAUGUUCUGAUCCACUUUAUUUCUACAUUCUUUGAGAUAAUAUCGAAAAACAAAAAAUAAAAAACUUUAGGUCCGACGAGUAGUUGAAGAAUCUAUAUACGAAUAUGAGAAUGAAAUUCUCUCCCCGGCUCAGAAAUCCCUAGAGCGGUCACUUCAAACCAUGGUUUGUAGUCGAAUAGCUAGUGGAAUGGCUCAAGGCGUGCUAAACAACAACUAAAUAACAAACCGCGACGCUUUGAGCCAUUCCACGUGCGACCAAGGUUUUGUAAUCUUCAACUUUAAGGUGAAUGAAGCGCCGACGUCGAGUAGCAGUGAAAAACACAAGGAAUCUUACAAAAACGUGAGAAAUUUCCCAAAAUUCCAAAGUGAAAAAAACUUGAAUUUUUAGUUUGCUCUAGUGGUCGAGAAGGCGAUUGAUGACUGGCGUUUAGCAACAAAAUGA